UCGUGUUCAAUUCGUUUGUUCUGUGAACUGUGAAUACAAUGCAAAAUUCUCUAAUAAUUCUGUGCUUUCUAUCGCUGGCAUGGGUCAAUUUGAUUUCUGGUCGUAGCGUGGAUCAGGAUGUAUCGAGUAAAAACGAAAGCAGAUUCGAAGAAGUUGAGAAACUAAAUGUUGAGUAUAAGGAGCGUCUGGAUCUGUAUGAGAAAAUCCGUUGUCAAAGACAUGAGAACUUUAACGAUAUUUAUAUAGUUCGCGUGCCUGGAAUUGAACCUUUUGCCGCACCCUGUGAAUCACGUAUUGAGGAUGGCGGAUGGACUGUUAUUCAGAGGCGACUCGAAGGCAACAUCAACUUUCAGCGAAGCUGGAAUGAAUAUCGUGAAGGUUUCGGCGAUUUGAAAGGAGAUUUCUUCAUUGGCUUGGAGAAGCUGCAUAGAAUGACCACAGCGCAUAGACAAGAAUUAUUAGUCUUUUAUGAAAGAUCUCUUCUGGAGACGAAGCAAGAAAUAUACCGCAAUUUCUUAAUUGGUUCCGAACAGGAAGAAUAUGUGCUAAAGUCAGCAAGGUCGGACGGGUUACUUGGAUUUAGAAGCAAUAUUGGCAAAAAAUUCUCAACCUAUGACCGAGAUAACGAUGAGUAUUGGUUGGAUAAUUGUGCGAAAAUUUAUAAUGGUGGCUGGUGGUUCGGCAAGUGCAUCCCAGAAGUUGUCGCCUCCAAUCCGAAUGGACCCUAUUUGCCCGAAGUUACCUCUAAAUCUAGGGGUAUUGUGUUUGCGGGCUUCAAAGGUAUUAGAGCAGUGCAAAUGAUGAUUCGUCCACAAAGGAAGGAAAAAGACCCAUUUGCCUUGGAGUAGGAGUAGCAGCGUAUCUUUAUUAAUUAAAUCAAAUGUAUUUUAUUAUUUGUGUUGCAGCUUUAAAAGUACAACAAACGAUAUGCAACAUGUAACAUGAGUUGAAAUAAUAUGCUUCAACAGAAAAUAAAAAACAUUA